GCAAAAGACGCAUCGAGCGGAGACAGAGCACAGAGGGGAGAGAGAGAGAGAGUAAAGUUUUGAUUUGAGGCGGAAGUGUUCGUAAAUUCAACGCAUUUGUCUUUGAAACCCUAAAUCUACAAAUCUCGAGAAGGUAGUUUCUCGCUCUAAUCUCUCUGUUAACUUUCUGGGUUUUUGGAGGUGGAGCUGUUGAUGCAUCAGAUUGCUGGAAAUUUGCGAGCCUUAUCUGUAACAUGCUUUGUUGUUUUGAGGUAUUUGACAUUUCUGCCUUGCAUGUUGAUAUGAAGGGCAGAAAUAGUGACUGAGACAAUGUUGUUCUAUGGGUAUUAGAUUCUGUGAUUCAGUAGUUAUACUGGUAGAAGCAAAAGCAAAGGGGGGAAAAAGGUAGAGGAAGCUCCUCAGGUUUUCCAUUGGGGACUAUUGGUUGAUUUUCAGUUAGUUCUUUUGAUUCAGAGGGACCUCAAUGGAACGAGGUCCUAGUCCAGAUUCAGUUCCACAUUCAGGUGCUGAGGAUAAGUCUAGAGUCCUGAAUGUAAGGCCUUUGCGUUGUUUGGCUCCCGUUUUCCCAACUCCGCAUGGAUUCACCACAUUCACUGUUCCCCAAGCUCCUCCUUUUGUCUAUGCACCCCCAUUUGGUCCCUUUCCUCCCGGGUUCACUGCAUUUUACCCCUUUUUCAUCCCUACAGAUCCUCAAAGACCACCAGAACAGCACACACAGACCCCGAGUGGAGCAACCACUCAAGCUGGUGUUUUUGGAUUCGGUCAUCCGGCACAAACUCCAACCACUCCAGUGCCUUUGUUUAGGCCACCUGCUCCUCCCCAACCGCCUCAGUUUGUAGGAACUUCAAAUGGUAAUGUAGGGUCAUCAAAAAAGAGCUCCAGGCACCAGGAAGCUGGUGCACAGUCACAACCACAAGCAGCAAACAAGAGUGAGUCUGUUAGGUCAGCAAUGGAAGAAGAUGGGUGCAGUGAUAACCAGAAGCGCCCCGCCCAUAAUAUUAGUAGCUGCAAUGUUCAAUUCACAGAUGUGGAAGCUACCAGCAGUGCUGAGAAGCAGAAGACCAAGUCAAACAAAAGAGUGAGGGAAAGCCAAGGGGUGAGGUUAUCCUCAACAGGUGAUGGUGAUAGGGAGUCACUUGGACAUAUUCUCAUGACAUUUGAUGCCAUCAGGCGAAGGAUUGCUCAAAUUGAAGAUGCAAGGGAGCCAACCUCUGGGACAAUUAAACGUGCAGAUCUGAGAGCUGGGACAAUCAUGUUAAACAAUGGGCUCCGGGCAAAUACAAGGAAGAGAAUUGGAGCUGUUCCUGGAGUUGAGAUUGGAGAUGUUUACUUUUUCAGGAUGGAGAUGUGCUUGGUGGGAUUGCAUGCUCCAUGUAUGGCUGGAAUAGACUACAUGAGUCUCAGGUAUGACCAAGAAGAAGAACCUGUGGCUGUAAGCAUUGUUUCAUCAGGAGCAUAUGAGGAUGAUGUGGAUGAUCCAGAUAUGUUGGUUUACAGUGGCCAAGGUGGAAACUUUAACAAGAAAAGUAAACAAGCAGUUGAUCAGAAGCUUGAAAGGGGUAACCUUGCUUUGGAGAAAAGUUUGCGUCGGGCUAAUGAGGUAAGAGUUAUUCGAGGUAUGAAGGAUAUAGGGAGCCCAACAGGGAAGGUCUAUGUCUAUGAUGGUCUCUAUAAGAUCCAGGAAUCUUGGAUGGAGAAAGGGAAGUCAGGCUACAACGUUUUCAAAUAUAAAUUGGUAAGGCUACAGGGGCAGCCUGCUGCAUUUUCAAUAUGGAAAUCUAUUCAACAAUGGAAGGAGAAUAUCACAACUAGGGCUGGUGUUAUCUUGCCUGACCUGACCUCAGGGAUGGAAAAUUUACCUGUUUCCCUUGUAAAUGAUGUUGAUGAGGAGAAAGGCCCUGCUUAUUUCACUUAUUUCCCUACCCUGAAACAUUCAAAACCAGUCAGCUCAGCUGAACCUUCUCUUGGCUGUAAUUGCCAUGGUGGGUGCCAACCAGGUGAUUCCAAUUGCUCUUGCAUUCAAAAGAAUGCAGGCGAUCUUCCCUAUACUGGAAAUGGUGUUCUUGUGAUGCAGAAACCCUUGAUAUAUGAGUGUGGCCCCUCUUGCCCAUGCUAUACUCAAUGCAGAAAUCGAGUGUCCCAGACUGGUUUAAAAGUUCACCUGGAGGUGUUUAAGACAAAGGAUAAAGGUUGGGGUCUCAGGUCUUGGGAUCCCAUCCGUGCAGGUACAUUUAUUUGUGAAUAUGCAGGAGAAGUCAUUGAUUAUAUAAAAGUAGAGGAGGACAGUGAGGAAGAAGAACAAGAUGAGUAUAUAUUUGAUUCCUCUCGCACUUAUGACAACUCGUUGAAAUGGAAUUAUGUACCUGAGUUACUAGGAGAAGAAGUUCUUGGAGACUCAAAAGAAACCAGCAAGCCUCCACAGUCUGUUAUGAUAACUGCAAAGAAUUUUGGGAAUGUGGCUCGUUUUAUGAACCACAGUUGUUCCCCUAAUGUCUUUUGGCAGCCAGUCUUGCAAGAGCACAAAAAAGAAUCACAUAUUCACAUUGCAUUCUAUGCAAUCAGACAUAUUCCUCCCAUGACAGAGUUGACAUAUGACUAUGGGAUAAGCGGAACCCAAAGUUCGUACCACAGGAAGAAAAAAUGUUUCUGUGGAUCUUUAAACUGCAGAUCAUAUUUUGGUUAGUGGUUAAGAGACACAAAUAACUAGACAAAAACAGAGUUGUUCAGCAUGGUCUUCGGCAAAGUUUCUUUUGGAGGUGAGUGCAUGGAGUUCCUGAGAAGAAAAUGUCAUCUCAAAACACUGGAUUUUGGUUGUACAGAGGUAUGGGGGGGAUACACCAAAUUUUGCCAUUUAUGCUUAUAGCAUAUAGUGCAUGUCAUAUAGGACAUGCUAAAGGUUCCCUAUUCAGGUGUGAAAUACACAGGUUUUAAAGUGCUAAUGUUUCAGAUUUUAUGAGGCAGCCUUAAUUUAGUUAAAUCUUUUUUCAUCUCCAUCCAUUUUGCGAGAAUAGAAGCAAAAUGUUAUCCAUGGUUCUUUAGUGGAAACUCUUGUAAUUCAUACAUGGGAAGAUCACCUUGAUCAUUCGGAAUAUUAGGAGAAUGGAUAUGUUAAAAUAAUGUAACUGUCAAUGUUGUUUUGACAUGCGAAAAUCUUCAAAGCCAGGACUGUUGUUUAUUAUUCACAAUAGAAUAGAUGUCAGAACUAGGCAUCUGGGGCAAUAUCAGAGCAGUGAUGUUUUUGUUGUCCAAUUGGUGUACAAGUCCAAACGAUACAAAUGAUAGGCCCCUGGGUCAUUCAUUAUCAAAUUACGUCCUUCAAGAUAAUGGUUUGAAGUUUUAACCUACUGACUGCUUUACUGGUUAAAGCCACAGAAUGUGACUUAAUCUUGUUUUGGUUCAAGAUAUGGCAAAUGUACAAAAUUUUCCAAGGCAAUAUGACUUUUCAGGCUGGAGGCAGUUGGAGAGGUUCAUCAGUUGUACUCUGCGACCCAUGUUCAUGAAUGCUUUUCUGAUUAUAAUAAUCACUGCAACUUUGAAUGGAA